AUGGCUGAAGCCUCUCGAUCGUCUUUCCUAGGUUCGAUCUCGGCAUGGAGUAGAAGCAGCACUCCGCCUCCCAAGUCUCCUCUCCAGAAACCCAAAGAGGACGGGCCGGCCCUGAAGCAAUCGACCGGCCUCGAUCACACCAUCAGCCUCAGACCUUCCCCAAGUCUCCGCAGGUACCCUAAAGAUUGUCCUCCCCUCAAGACUAAAUGGUUCUACGCUGUGGAUGUGCCAAAGCGGAAGCCCUUCGCUUCUGAGGCGACAGUGGAAGAAAAGACUAAGCCGCCCCCGGUUCCUAAGAAAUUGGUGCCCUUCUCCUCCAGAGACUCCCAGGCCAUCGAAAAAGCCUUCCAGUCUCUUGAUAAGGAAGACUGGAGUCAACAUGACAACCCAGAACCCACCUCUACCAAGGUGCCUGUUAACGAAGACUUCUUGUACGACGUCCACAUUGAGAAACGUGAGUUAGAGCCCGCAUAUUGGUUGGGUCCCGUCUAUGAAGUCCGCAGAGGCAGCUGGUUCUAUGCGGAGAGCUCGACCCUGAAACCUUGCGAUGAGAAUCUUGCCAAUCAACUCGAGGAGGGCUAUCUAAAGGUAGCGCCAUGGAGAAGAUUGGGCAUCUCGUCCUCACGUUCGAGUUCGCGACCCAGGAGUCGACCAACCUCCGCAGUCAUCGACGGCCCGACAGGACCAACAGUCAGCAAUGCUCCUUCUACGCAAGACGAUACCCAUGCGGCUGGGCCAAACACCUACCGACUCUUUGGGACGCAUAUGAACACGACGGUGACCUAUCAGGAUGCAACUGUUGCCUAUCUUACCACCGAUGAUCUAUUCUCGCGUGUGAGCAGCACGGUAUAUGGCAGAUUCGUUGGUUAUGGAGGCACCAAAGUCGUACGAGGCUGGUCCGAUGCUAAGGCUGCAGACACCAAGGCCGGAUCCAAGGCGGUCGAAAUCAACGACGCCAAGGAAAAGCGAAAGUCUACCAACUUGAAUUUCUCGGCCGAAGCUACACCAGACGCUGCAGAAGCUAGUGACGAGUCGAUGUCAUCUGAGCAAGAUGUCAGCAAGCCCCGCCGAUCAGCCUUGGAACGGCAGCUCUCGUCCUUGGCAGGCAUGCCGGAUGUUCAGGACUCACAGAACCUAGCCGAAGAGGAGGCGCGGGAGGAAGAGGAGCGGGAAAUGGAAGACGCGAGAGAAAGGGAUGGCGACGACCAGGCGAGGCAGAUUGACCACUUGGUCCUGGUCACUCACGGCAUUGGUCAACGACUUGGACUCCGACUCGAUAGUAUCAACUUCAUCCACGACGUCAACACAAUGCGCAAGACCAUGAAGGCUGUCUAUGGAUCUGCUCCCGACCUCCAAGCUCUGAGCGGUGACCCCAAGAACUGCAAGAUCCAAGUCCUUCCCAUUUGUUGGCGGCACCUGUUGGACUUUCCGAAACAGAGCCUCAAGCAAAACCGCAAGGAAUUCGAUCUCGGAGAUGCCGACGCAGGGUUUGACGAUGAGUAUCCGUCCUUGCAAGACAUCACUGUCGAAGGGGUGCCUGCCGUACGCAACCUGAUCACGGAUCUGGCCAUGGACGUCCUCCUGUAUCAAAGCGCAUACCGAGAACAUAUUGCCUCCAUUGUUCAAAGAGAGGCAAAUCGUGUCCACCAGCUUUUCAAGGAGAGAACCGGCUUCUCUGGGAAGGUCAGUUUCUGUGGUCAUUCCCUCGGCAGUGCCAUCCUGUUCGAUCUCCUCUGCCGACAGGAGGAGACUGUCAAGACUGGACCUCGUCGCAUAUCUAACAGAGCAUCUCGAGAACAUGGCGCCGACCAUACAGAUCUGCAUUUGAACUUUGACGUUGAGAGCUUCUUCUGUCUCGGCUCGCCAAUCGCUCUUUUCCAAAUGUUGAAGGGGCGGACCAUUGCUGGUCGACAGAUGCUGGGUACAAAUGCAUUUGGAGCGUCCGCUGUUCCCACUUCUCCAUUUGACCCGGAUCCAAUGGGCAGGGACCCCUUCGAUAGCUCUCUGAAACCCGGGUCAGGUGCAAGCUCCAACAGUCUGAUUCCAAUCACGGUGUCCUCGCCAAAGUGUAAUGAACUUUUCAAUAUUUUCCAUCCCACCGACCCAAUUGCUUAUCGGAUGGAACCACUGAUCUCCCCAGCCAUGGCGCAGCUCAAAUCACAACCUCUUCCAUACACCAAGAAAGGCCUCUUUGCCGCCCCUGGCAUUGGUAAUAUGACUGCCAGGGUCGGCCAGCAGGUCAUGUCGAGCUGGUACAAUCUGACCUCAGGCGUGGCGUCCACUCUGAUCAACAGAAGCCUGGGCAUUACAGGCGAAGAGCAAGCGCUAGCGCAAGACAAAGCGAAAGCAGCGAGCAACAGUGGUGGUGGCAACAGCGCGACAGGUGGCCAUCCGCCCAAUCAGCCACAUGUUCCAAACAACAUGCCCAUAGCUGAUUCAAAACGACAACAAGAUCUGGCGGAUGCUGCCAAAUCUGCGCCGGCCACCGAGCAAGCGCCCACGCUGAUCGAUUCCGAGAUCGAGACACUCUUUGCCGGCUUUCAGAAGCGCCGACGCUCGCGUGCCUCGAAUGCGGAUACCUCCGAAGAUGACGCCGCCUCGACGUCUGCCGAGUAUCAACUGUCCCUGGAACGCGCGAGGAGACUGAAGCGCGAAGAAGCCAAAGUGCGGGCCCUGAACAGCAACGGCCGCGUCGACUAUCAUAUCCAGGAAGGAAUGUUUGACGUUUCCCUUCUGGCCAGCAUUGCCAGUCACUUGAGUUAUUGGAGUGAUGAGGACGUGAAUCAUUUCAUGAUUGGACAAAUGUUGAAGUCCCGUGGCCGAGAGAAGAAUAGAGAUAAAGAGCGCGGGGCUUCAUGGUGA